ACUUGGGGCCAGACAUUAUUACAUGUUACCAGUAAACUUAUUUAUCGCGAAUUUCACGGUUACACAGAUCUUUAAGUACAUCAUAGAGGAUCUUCAUUAUCACAGAAAUCAGUCCUGUGGCUUCAACCUGUGUAAUUUUCAUGCUGCCUGUUAAUAUUCGACUCAAAUAUAAAACUAAUUAUAUUAAUGACUGUAAACUCUGCCUUUAAAUUGUCUGAUUAUUCGUAGCGGUAUCCUGAACUGUCUUAAGGUGUUACAGACUCUAUAAUUACUGACUUCUUCCGACCAGCCAGGAAAAGUACAGCGUAGGAGGCCAGGGACGUGGGGGGGGGUAUAGAUGGACCCAGGUCAGCAAAACAGUAGGUCGGGACAGGGAGAAUUUUACGGCAGAGGACGAGUGAAACAAAGCAAUUAUGGAGUGGAGGGGCUUUUGUGGAAGGGGGCAUGAUUAAUCAUGGCUUGUGAAAAGGGUGAUAAAAAAGAGAGGGGUGGGCGUGCUUUUUAGAAAAUGACCGGGCAGAUUUGGGGGAGCCAGUCUGCACACCAGAGCAACUGAAAGUAAUAAACACAAGACUGUGUAUGAUUUGUGCACAUCCAUACCCAGAAAGGCAAGGCACUUUUUACCGAUGUAAAAUGGUAAAUCGGAUAAUGUACAAUAAGUUUCAAGAGGACCUACUAUUUGGCUAAACAGUUUAACUUUUGAAAAUCAUAACAUCUGUUUGAGGGGUGAUGAAAACAAACCGAAUGGAUCGUAGCCCCAAAUGAAGUCUUGCUUUAGCCUUACUUUCCCCAGUCUUUCCUGCGAGUGUCUUUUGGAGGAACUUCGACGUGAGAUCCAUGUAGGCAUGCUUAGCAACCACUCGUCCAAUUACGUCGCGUGGGGUCGCGGUGAUCCAGAACAUUCCCUGGGAAGCGUUGGGUGUUAGGCCAGGUACAUAGCAAAUGGGGUGUGAAAUCAUCUAAGUGCACACACGCCGCGCACACACACGCGCACGUACAAGCAUAGCCACGCAUUUGCACGUGUGGCAAAAAGCAAUUCGCCGAACAGCGUGUCUCUCGAUGGCGAGGGAAGAAGCUGACACUCAAGCGGAGGAUGCGGGCAGGAGAUCAUGCAGACUCUGUGAAGCCUGGGUCAGAGUCAGAUGUACGUCUGGAGCUGAGAGUGUUUUCCAACCAAGUCCUUGGAGGACCCUCACCCAGUCCGCGUUUUUGCUCCCUCCCAGCUUCAAGCCCAACUAUCCCAGGCUUUGACUGCAGGAGAGCCGCACGGAGCUGUAGGGAGUCGCCCUCCCACUUGAUUGGAACUCCCCCCUGAGUGCCCUGGAAAAGGUGGGCUGGGAGGGGUGGCGGUGCGGUGGAAUAAGGAGGAGGCGGAGAAAUGGCCCCAGAAGGAGCAUCGGAUCUCCGUGACUGGCUCUUUCUGCUGCUGCUCUGCCUGACGCUGCUGUCUGAGGUGCUGGAGAUCGCGGCGGCGGUGGCUACGCCGCCGGAGGACGAGGACGAUGUGCCCUGCCCGCUGGCGUGCCGCUGCGACGAGGACUUCAUCUACUGCAAUGACCGCGGCCUGAACGCCAUCCCGCCACUGCCGAUGGCUGCCACCAUCCUCUACCUGCAGAACAACCACAUCGACAACGCCGGGCUGCCCACCUCCCUGGAGAAGCACCUGACUGUCCAGGUUGUCUACCUGUAUGACAACGAGCUGGACGACUUCCCCAUGCACCUGCCGCCGUCGCUGCGAGAGCUCCACCUGCAGGACAACAACAUCCGCACACUGCCGCGCUCGGCGCUGGCGCGGCUGCCGCUGCUGGAGAAGCUGCACCUAGAUGACAACUCGGUCUCCACGGUGAGCAUCGAGGACCAGGCCUUUGCCGACAACCCUCGCCUUCGCCUGCUCUUCCUCUCCAGGAACCACCUCUCAAGCAUCCCCUCUGGCCUGCCGGCCUCUCUGGAGGAACUACGACUGGACGACAACCGGAUCUCCACCAUCCCCACCCACGCCUUCCGUGGCCUGUCCUCGCUACGGAGACUCAUCCUGGACGGGAACCUCUUGGCUAACCAACGCAUCGCUGACGACACCUUCUCCCGCCUCUCCAACUUGACCGAGCUCUCGUUGGUGCGCAACUCCCUCCAGACGCCUCCAUUCAACCUCCCCAGCACACACCUGCAACGCCUCAGCCUGCAGGACAACGCCUUGACCCACAUGCCCAGGGGCUCCCUGGAUGGCAUGCGCCGGCUGCAGAGGCUUGACCUAUCGGGCAACAACCUGACCACCCUGCCCCGGGGACUCUUCCGGGACCUGGACAGCCUGUCACAGCUGUUGGUGCGCGGCAACCCCUGGCACUGUGGCUGCAACCUGCGCUGGCUGCACGACUGGCUGCACGUCCGCGGCACCACUGUCACGGUGCGUGGCUUCACCUGCCAAGGCCCCGAGAGAGUGCGGGGCAUGGCCCUCAGCGACCUUGGCGCCUACAUGGAGGAGUGCGAAAGCAGCAACACCGGUGCAGCCGGCGGUGGCCGAGAACGGGCCAGUGGGGAACGGGCCACCACCAUGUCUACCACACUGUCUCCACUCCAGGGCUCUUUGUUCACCCUAAAAUCCAAACGGCCUGGUCUCCGACUCCCUGAUUCCGACCUAGACUACUCGCUUGGCAGCAGUGCCAGCGGCAAGGCGCUGGUCCUCACCGUGAAGCCCCUGAGUCCCGACUCCAUCCACCUGACUUGGCGCGUGCCACAGCCCACGUCCUCGUUCCGGCUCAGCUGGCUGCGUCUGAGCAACAGCGCUGCGAUGGGCUCCAUUACGGAAACCCUGGUCCCCGGCGAUAGGCGCGAAUACCUCUUGAGCGCCCUGCAGCCCCAGUCUAGCUACAUCAUCUGCAUGGCACCCCUCCCUGCCGACGGCCGGAGCACAUUCACUGAGGCCAGCGCUGACUCUGAAGAAGCCCCGGUGUGUGCCCGGGCCGAGACGUCUGAACUUGCCCGGCCGGGUCCCGACAAAAGCGAGGACCAGGACUCCGAGCAGCUGACUGUGCUCCCGCUCGCAGGCAUCAUCGGUGGGGCCACCGCCCUCGUACUCCUGACCCUGAUCUGUGCCAUCCUUUGCUGGUGCAGCCACCGGGCCCGGCACAUCUCAGACCGCGAGCAUUCCGGCCGCGGCAUCUACCGCAGCAAGAAGCGAUACGACGACUAUGUGGAGUCGGGCACCAAGAAGGACACCUCUAUCCUGGAGAUCCGGGGUCCUGGCUUCCAGAUGACUCCCAUGGCUGCCCAGCAGUCCCUGCACACCAAGACUCUCCGGGAAGAUUACAUCAUCCACACCAUAUUUCCUUCCAAUGGCGCUGGAGUUUACAAAAGUACCCACCACACAACUAACUCUGCAUUCGGCACUAACCGUGGUCACAGAGAAGGAGGCAUCCCAGAUAUAGACUACACAUACACGUGAUAGACUUCCAUACAGACACCAAGCAAUGGUUCUUAAGCUUGGUCUUGAAGGACUCAUUUGAUCCAGUGGUUUCUAUCCCCAACUUAGAUCCUUACAUUAUGUACUCUUUAGAGACAUUCAGAGGGACGUCAUUUAACGAUAAUCAAUUGCUGCUUCUAAUCGAUAACUUUUGGUUACUUAGUUUUAUAUCUUCCACAGUGUACCUGAAGUAAACGUCGAAGUUACCUUAUCUAGGGUUGAAAUGCCCUUGGCUUUCAAGAGAUGAUUCCCAGGCACAGAGAUCAGUACCGUUUGCGCCGCACAGAGAAUCGGCCAAUGAAACGGACCGAGGCAGGAACGUUCAGCCGGCCCUGGAUUGAAAAUCAGAAGCAGAAAUAUGGGAUUUUCUGGACAGACAAGUGCUGGAAUGAUACACGGAAGAAAAGGUGUGUCGAUCGUCAGAAUGCUGGCUUUCAAAACCAGAGGGUUCUGUGUUCGGAGACUCAGUUUUUUUUUUUAUUUAUGUCUGCCUUAGUUUUACUUUAACAUUUGAAUAUUUCUUUUGCAUACUGAAGAGACGCCUUGUUCCUGUUAGAGAGGAAAAGAAAGACUGACAAUGGAGAUGACAGAUUUGACAACAUAGGGGCCCAAAUUUCUAUCAGAAUUUCUUUUUGUUGGAUUGAGUGAAAGGAACAUGAUGAAGUGAAUGUAUGGUGCUGGGGCAGGGGGUGGGAGAAUUUCACUCUAGACGUUUUUUGCCUGGACCAAAAAAAAUAAAGGAAAAUGGUACCUGCAAGUCAUGUAAACGACAGACGCAUUUUCUGAAUAUCAGCAGAGAGUAGUCUACCUGCAAUAGGGUGACGGCUAUGUGAUGACAAUCACAGAGGGAAGUUUUGCAAGUGCCGCCGCAGAAGAGAUUUAUGAAAGACGGGGGGGGGCACGAUAGCCGGCAAGGGAUAAACCCAUAUAGUUUAGACAGGGGGAUUAAUGGCAAACUUAAUCACUGAAAACUGCUGGCGUGGUUAAAACAAUUCCCUUUAAGACCACGCAAGCCGAGCUUAACAGUCGUCUUUCACACGGGGGAAAGAUCAUAACCUGGUCACAGUCGCACUGGGACUCGCUCUUCAGCUGAGCUCCGAUUAGUGAGCAGGGCGGGCGGCAGCCCCCGGGACAGUGGAUCACCGUUUAAAUCAGGGAGACGCCAAUAACACUGUACAGAAAUGAAAUAUGUGUUGGGUGUGGCAAAUACACUCGUGUGCCGACGUCACUUUCAGAAAUUUUAAACAAGCAGCAUUUAAAAGAUAGAGGAAGAUGGGGAGGGGGGGGGGUUGCAUAAUGAGACAGAUGGGCAGAGAGGCAUCGAAUGAAGGAAGAGCUGUGAAACUCUUUAAUUUACUCAUUUGUCAAGACCUGAUAUUUCACAUUGUAUUGCUAUUCAUUUUUUCCUUCAUUAAUAAAGAACUACUAUUGAGCUAUUUAAAACAGA